AUGGAAAACAGUAGGAACAGCGGCUCCCACGCAUCGCGGGCCGUCAAUCCUACUCUACUCAAAGCUCCAGACGCCAACCCGCAAAAGCGCAAUUCCUAUCGCCGCCCAGCUGAUGCGCAGCCCGCAGGCGCGUCCCCACCAGAGCCCGACAUGUCCAGCUCCAUACCCAGCAACACUACGCGCCCUGUCGCAACAGUGCCCUUGAACGGCAAUGUUACCAUUAGCAGCGGGCAUAGGCGGCGGAAUAGCAGGCAUAUACCGCCUCCGACGACAGGCGCAACAAGCGAAUCUGUGCCGGCUGCUCCAGAAGUACCUCGUGCGCCACCCUCUUCCUACAGAGAUCCAUAUGCCAAAGGCGUCAGAGUGCCUGCGCGCUCCAGUUCCGGUCGAUCGCGCGACCCAGCUAUUCAAUUGAACCCCAGCAGACAACAAGCGACUAUACAGACGGCCGCCAAUAGAUUGUACGAGCUGCGGUCACCACCAUACGCCCCGGUCGAACCUCUGGCAGGCACCGUCGAGCGACGCGGCUCUCAGCGCAGACCCUCUGUGCCCGAUCGAUCGCCCCUUCAGAAGCUGGAAGGAAAGCUGGAUGACAUCAGCAAAGAAGAGAGAAGAGCAAGGAUUUUGGAGGCAGAAUUGGCCGCCCAAGAAAAGGCCGAAGCCGAGAUGCGGGCAAGACGAGCGAGGGAAGCCGCACAGAAACAACAAGAAGCGGCGCAGAAACAACGAGUUGUCUCUGUGCCCAUACCGGAAAAGUCCAGCGCUUCAGCCCCAAGAACCAAUGGCAGACGCCAGGUAUCCAUGCCGAUACAGGAUAAACCCAUGUCUCCUCCCAUGUCUCCCCCCAUGAGCGACUUGGAAUCAGAUGAUGGUUAUGCCUAUGAUCUCAGCGAGCCAUGGCAUCCCGAAGAUGCUCAAGGUGGAGCAGUUCAGUCCGCUCAACCAAUAACUAUGCAGAAGGCACAAGUCGUUCCUACAGGCUAUCAGCAGGUACCACACACUGACGUUGCCGUUCCGCGAAGUAGCAGUUUGAAGGGCAAAGAACCUGCUGGUUCACGGGGAGCUGGUAGCUUUAGCGAUCGGAGUACACUUCCUUCACAGAACGUACCUAGGAAGGCUGUAGCUAGCCCCUCUGGACUCGGUCUGGUGGGCGUUCGGGAUACUUCAACACCGUCUGAUGUGUCUCGUUCGGAGAGCAAAAGAGGCCAGGGACGAAGAGACAGCCGCGGAAUCAUGUCCGCACAGAUGGAGAUGCAGCAAGAUUCUAUUGACUACAAAGGAACACCACGAGAAAACGAAAAUCAGCAACUACCACGCAAGAUUCCUCCGGUUCCUCGGACCGUCCAGAUUCCACCUGUCCCUCAAACCAACCGCAAAAGUGUCAUGUUCUCCGAGUCCGAGUCAGAUCUAGAACAGCAUGAUCCCGAACUAAAACAACGUCACCGCUUCAGCCGCCACAAUGAGCCAGAGAGGACGUAUACACCCGCUCCUAUGCUCGAGGAGUGGAGAAGUGCACCGAUCGGUCUUCUGACUGCUGAUGAUCUAGAUCUGGACGCUCCGGUCAAAGCCAACAGUGGCAACAAAGCGUGGUGGGAAGAAAGCAAGGCUUCCCGACGAAGACGCUCCAGUGGAUAUGCGGAGCCAACAUACGAUGGCUAUGCUGACGACACCUCCACACCAACUGCUUUCAAUCCACCACUGUACCUGAAGUGCGGGCCACUCUUGCGUUACACCGGUCUCCGAAGAGAUCGUAGCGUACCAGGGAGGGAGCGUGAGAUUUGGCGAGGCAGCAUCAUGAUUGUGACUGUUGAUGCCUCUUCUUCGUAUUCUAAGCCGCCGACGUUAAGGUUAUUCAAGCAGCCAAUGGACAUACUUCCUCCUCCACCGGAAGAGAUCAGUCAGGAUCAGCUGGAUCCAUCCUAUGUCGAUCCCAUCGAAGGUCAGAUCAAAGUGUCACGUACUGGCAAGACACUAUACGUCAAGCCGGUUGAUGAACUCGCGGAGAAUGAGGACCUAUCGCGAGUUGAAGACGACACUGGCUUAUUCUCUCAGACCCGAAACACAAGCAACGGAUCGGGUGCUAAGUCCACCCGCAUUCACAAGAAGGACGGUGAGAAGCUGGGGAAGGUUCGUGAUUUUCCUGGUGUUCGCCUGUACGCUGAGCGAGGCGUGACCUUUUGGCGCUUCAACAUCGAAGUCGAACUUGGCAGUAGCCAAACACGUAUCGCGUACAAGAUUAACCAAGGCCCUGCCAUCGGUUUCUGGGUUCCAGCCAAGGGAGAGUCUAUGAACAUCAUGUUCCACAGCUGCAACGGUUUCUCGGCCACUGUUGACUCGAAUGAGUUCUCUGGUCCAGAUCCGCUGUGGCGCGAUGUACUGAACACGCACCAGACGCGCCCUUUCCAUGUAAUGAUCGGUGGAGGUGAUCAGAUCUACAACGACGCUGCAAUGAGGGAGACAACCUUGUUCAGACAGUGGACCGAAAACAGGAAUCCCAUGCACAAGCACCACCAGCCAUUCUCCGAAGAGAUGCAGAAUGAGCUUGAGCAGUUUUACCUUGAUCGAUACGCGAUGUGGUUCUCGCAGGGUCUUUUCGGAAUGGCCAACUCACAAAUUCCGAUGGUUAAUAUCUGGGAUGACCACGACAUCAUCGACGGCUUCGGAUCAUAUCCUCAUCACUUCAUGCAAACACCAGUAUUCACUGGUGUUGGUGCUAUUGCUUUCAAAUACUACAUGCUCUUCCAGCAUCAGUCCGUUCCAGCCGAAACCGACAAGACCGAACCGUCUUGGUUACUGGGAAAGAGCCCAGGUCCAUACAUAAAAGAGCGCUCUCGUAGCGUCUUCAUGCAACUUGGUCGACAGGUAGCCUUCCUUGGUCUCGACUGCCGUACAGAGCGACAGCGGGAUGAGAUCCUCACUGAGGACUCCUACGACAUCAUUUUCGAUCGUCUCGAAGAUGAGAUAAUCAAGGGUGAAACUAAGCACUUGAUUGUGCUUCUUGGCGUACCCAUCGCCUACCCCCGCUUGAACUUCCUCGAAAAUAUUCUUACGAGCAGGCUUAUGGAUCCUCUGAAGGCUCUCGGUCGUGCGGGGAUGCUGGGCAACUUUGUCAACAAGUUCGAUGGAGGGGUUGAGAUUUUGGACGACCUAGAUGACCAUUGGACAGCCAAGCACCAUAAGGAAGAGCGCAAUUGGUUCAUCAAGGAACUGCAACAUAUUGCUUCGACCAAAUCUGUGCGCGUUACCAUACUUGGUGGUGACGUUCAUCUGGCAGCUGUCGGUCAGUUCUACAGCAACAAGAAACUGAACGUUCCCAAGGACAAGGAUCACAGAUACAUGCCAAACAUUGUGUCUUCCGCCAUAGUCAACACCCCGCCUCCAGAUGUGAUGGCAGAUAUCAUCAAUAAGCGCAACAAGAUCCAUCAUCUCGAUUCAGAAACGGACGAAGACAUGAUACCCCUCUUCACUCAUGGCGUUGACGGUAAAAAGAGGAACAACACCCAUCUGCUACCCCACCGAAACUGGUGCAGCAUUCGAGAGUACAAGCCAGGAUCUUCGCCACCAGGAACACCAUCGCCGCCCAUGACUCCGACGAACGGACCGCGUAUGGGAAGAUCAAUGUCAGACUUUGCACCAGGGCAGCUGGUGAGAAGACUCAGUGGUCAGCAGAGAAGACCUUCAGUAAGAGGCCGCGGACCGCCUCUGUCUUAUCGUAACAACCCUGCAUACGCCGCUGCCGAUGAAGGGCAGAUCAGCCACCAUCAACCACAGUCGUCAUUCUCGCCUGAUCGAUCUGAGCCAGAGAGACCCGCUCGUUCGCGACGCAACUCUUUGACAUCGCUCUUCCGUCGCCGUGCAUCAGUGGACGCCGCCCGUCCAGAGACACCCGAGAGUGCAACGCCUCCUCUAAGCCGGCACAGUGUGUCACAGGAUCGGCCUUCCAACUUUCACCGCCGUCCUAGCGUGCUGACUAAGAAGAGUGCGCAACACCACGGCCAAUUCAUCAACCUCGAGGGCGGACUUGACAUUUGUCUCAACGUCGAAGUAUCACAGCAUGAUCCGGCAGGUAUCACAACACCAUAUAGACUACUCGUACCAGCCCUUACUUAUGUCGAGCCUGAGGAUGGCGUUGUCGAGAAAGAAAGGACCAAGUCCCGUGGUUUCUUCGGUGCUUUUGGUGGAAAGCACAAGGCCACGAUCGGCGAUGAUGGAAACUCCAUCUCGGGCAGCGAGAGCGGAAGCGAACUUGGAGAGAUGUCUAGUGAGGACGAAGAAGAGCGCACACGGCAAAGGUACAAGGUCGGGCCUCGGAUAAUCAUGCCAGGUUUUGGAUCCGGCAAGAGGCGUGACUCUGAGUCUGCUGCUGUCGCUCCCACCGUUCCUGCUGCUCGUGAGAAUCGUCUUAGCUCAGGCUUCCAUGCUAAUACAGCUGCAAAUGUAGCUCCGACCCAGACGAAUGGAACCACUCGCGACCUCGCUCCACAAAGCUAUGGACGGCGAAGCAUGGAUGCAGCUGCGGGUACUUCAUCCAGAGCCUCUGCUUGGGAGAACGUAGCCGCAAAACGGCACGUCAGCCAGCCGGUACCCCCUUCCGUUACCCAGACUACGACUCAAACGACAGUGGUGCCAUCCCGCUCCGCCUCCACACGCAAGCAGCCUACCUAUAACUCGUCUCACAAGUCACAAAUGCCUGCGCCCUCCCCAGAGGUAGAGCCGAAAGUCGAGAGGAGGUCCAUGGGCGGUAUCUUGAACCAACACUCACACGACAAGAAGUGGGAGCAUGAUGCACAUGUCCUCGCUCAUACACCUUCGCAAAAGAAAACGAAGCGUGAAUCAUACCCGCCACAUCCAGCGAUCGUCGGUGGCGGUCCGAACUCGCCUUACUCCCGAGAUGGAGGGGGCCUUCAAGCCAGACAAGACACAGCAGGCGGUGACUACUUCACCAGCGGUGGCCGAGAUGGGAAGACUCAUCCUGCCAUAGCACCCAGGCAUGUCGUGGAUCCGGAGUAUACCGAAAAACCGGUUCAACGUGCAGACUAUGCUGCACAACCACAACGAGGCGGUUACGACCGUACUUCUUCCUACCCGGCCUACCCACAACGGAAUGGCAGUGCUGGGGUUGGAGCAAAGUACCUCGGUGGAGGCAGGUACGAAGAUGAUGAAGACAGUUUUGAUAGCGCCGACGAAGACGAGGAGAGCCCCAAUGGGCAGGAGCAGGAGAUGAGCCAGGAAAGCUUUGUUGUACCGAAGCGCAAGAAGAAAUGGCAAAUUUGGCGGUAA